AUGGUUGACGGCUUCAAACCGAGACGAUCUAAUAGACUGAAACAUUUGCCGAAAGUUGAUUACUGCGAGAACAAGACGGCGGAUGGAAAACGAAAAAGGGGAGCAUUAGACGAAGAAGACGAGUAUACGCCGUCCCGGGAAGGUACGCCGGAGAAUGAGAGGACUAAAACACGCGCGCCGGGGAAUCAGAGGACUCCAUCACGGAGAGUGAUACGCAAGACCGCUAUUACAAGGAGUUCACGACAGCGAGCCGUCGAUGCAUCGCAGAACGCGGGUGCCUGCAUAAUAUCAGGCAUGAAGGAUAAAUCCGUUCAGCAAUGCCAUGUGUUGCCACGGGCCACAAAGCCGGAUGUGCUUACGGCUCUAGAGUGGUGGUGGGACAUUAAAGAGCUCAGCGUGGAUUCACGCCACAAUCAGGUCUUCCGUGCGUCUUCUUUCCAGCAGGCAUGCCGAUACGCGUGGACUUACUUGCAUACAGUCCGUGCCGAUCUCCAUGCCUUGUGGGAUCGUGGAUACAUUGCGAUCAUGCCAAUGCCUGGCGUGACGAAAGAUUAUCUGGCCAAGUGGCGCGAUGGUGGCAGGCACAAGGUUCUGGAGGCUAGCGACGAAGCCAAGAUCCACGAGUACUGUGUGAUCCCUCACCCAGACCUUGUGGCCGGUGCACCUCCCCCUGGCAACUCUCCGAUCCGCGAAGGGUUCGGCUACGGAUUCAACAAGGCUGGGAUCAUCCGGUCCCAUGCGAAGCCGCACUUCAUGGCCUUGAACGCGGCCAUGAAGCUCAAGGAGAACAAGGAGAUGUGGGUGAAGGUGUUGAAGGUGUUCUACGAGAGAAUACAUCUUCAAGUCGAUGCAUCCCGCUUCGUGGAGGAGCUCCUGACAUUGUCUGACGUGUGGACUGCGCCACCACCCGGGGAGGCAGAGUUGGUCAUGAAGGAGGAGAAGGAGCAAGCGGCAGAGGAAGCAUCCAGUCUUCUAGCAACGGUUCCUACAGGCGAGCCAAUGUCCCCUAAACGCCCAAAAGCCGCUCUUAUGGGUCCAGGGGGUUUGGAGAUGGAGAAACGUUCCAAACCGAAGGCCCACAAGGCUGAAGGUGAAUCAUGCGGUAGCAAUCUCAAGUUGUUUGCUGCUUAUUUGGCGCCUACCGGGUCACGGUGCCUGUUGAGUCUUCAGGAGGACAAGUCAGUCCAAGGGUGUCACGUUGUCCCGCGAAGGACCGACGACGAUACGUGUGCGCAAUUGGCGGCGUGGUGGGGGCUUGAUAAAUUCGACGUCGACUCCCCAUUCAAUAUCUUCUUAUUGAGAGCCGACAUCCACUGCUUGUGGGACCAAGGGCUCCUCAUGUUCGUACCUGAGCCUCAUAUUAUCGACGAAUAUCUCGAACAAGACAUUGUCCCCAUAGAUGGAGGCUUGUCGCUCGACGAACCAUCUGAAGUGUCCGAUUUCCCCGUCUACAGAUACUGUGUCGUUGCCCAUUGCGACCUUCCCGUUACAAAGAAGAACGCUGCGUUCCCGAGGGAUGUCAAGACCGUAGGCUAUGUGGAAUCCCGUGUCCCUCCCCAUCUCGUUAUAUACAAUGUGGGGUUGGCACUGUCGAAGGGUGGACGAGAUGGCUUCGUGAAGGCUCUAGAUGCCUUCUACAAGCAGCACAAAGUCGACUAUGAAGCGAUCCGUGCUUUCAGUGGAAUUGAACGGCUCGUCCGACAAUGGUUAGUCGAGGAGACCAGCCCCAAAAUCACCCCUUGCUAUGAUUAG